CAGUUUUGGCGUUAUUUAUGCACCUGCUACAAACUUAGCAACCUUCCCAGAGCCAUUCGCAACAGUGAACGAAUACCGCCAAUUACGUCAUGCCGCGCUUCAUUUCGCGGAUCCGCAAGCCUCCCUCAUACGCCCAAGGACGAGGGGGAGGUUCUUCAUCGAGCACGCGCACUACUCCAGCAGAGCCGACAGGUUACUAUGACAAGAAUGAAAAGAGGUGGUAUUAACUGCAUACCCCGCAUCCUAGCCGACAUCCGCACAGUGAGCAAGGAAACCAAAAACAAAGGACGCAGGUUUUGGACAUGUUCCAAAGACAGGCGCGCCAGCUGUGACUUCUUCCUCUGGGACGAUGACGCCCGCGUCGUCGAGGCCGAGGCCGAGGCCCAAAUCGCCGCCAUGACGCCGUCCUCGACGCAGCGCCGUCUUCGGCAGACGCAGAUCGUGUCCACCACACCAAAGACACCCACGCGUCCUGUCGGUCGCCAGCGCUUGUUUACCGGCAACCUAGAGGCGACUGCAAAGAAGGGUUCUGACAACUCAGACGAUGACUAUGAUGAUGAUGACGCCGCGUCCCUUUCCACCGACGCCGAGAUUGAUCGUGAUGAGGCCCUCGCCGCCGCCGCUGCUGCCGCAGCAGAACACUCGAGUGGUGGCAACUCAACAUUGCAGAACUCCUCUCAUACUCUAGGCCGCCCGACACAAAGCCCCUCUGCGCUACCACCAUCUUCAAAGCGCAGACGAGAUGGUCUGGAAGACGAAGAAGACUUCUCGGACGGCUUCAACGACCCAGACUUGGUGCGGGGCCUCGCAGACCUCGCCGAUCACGCCACCAGCAGUAUCCAGCAGCCCGUCACCCCGCCCAAGCAGCGACAGGGGCAUGCCAUCGGCGUCGCACUAGGUGGCGGCCUGCCAACCCCGCUGAGCCGGAAUACGUUGCUGAUAGCACGAGAGGGGGAGGGCGGCUCUAGCAACAAGCGCGUGAGGCUCAGCACGCCCAAUGGCAUCAGCUCACCGACGUCGACGCCAUUUUCCAGAGAUACUCCCUUGGGCUCCUCCAGAGCGGCUACGUCCUCGUCCUCGACAACUCUGGGUUCCAGUCAUCAACAGCAGGACGACAGCGAGAGCUACGAGCUCACAAACCAGAUCCUCGCGCUUCUGGAUAGCCAAAUCUCACCGCAUGCCUCCGCAGAUGGAGCAGCUAUGGUCAUGGAUCUGCCCGCGCUCCGGUCCGCCAUCCGCCGCCGGCUCGAUGCCGAGGUGCUCAAGACCAAAGGUGCCAAAAUGGGCCAGGCUGCGGCGUGGGAGGGUAUCGCGAAGCGUGAUGGCCAAAUUUCGGCACUGCAGGAGAAGAUCGCCGCGCUGGAGAACGAGCGGACGGUGUUGAAGGACAAGGUUGCCGAUUACAAAGACAGAAUGGAGGGGUUUAAACGUCUCUUGGCCGAGGAUUAGCCCUUGACGGUGGAGUAUAUCUACUUCUGGCUUCUGUCUUUCUCUCGCUUCUCUAUUUUACUUCUUUUAUCAAAGUCAAGCUUGUUCCACGACGAUGUUUCUGGUGGCUUGAUAAUAAUGAUAGAUACCCCAAUACCCCCCUUUUUUGAAUGGUCAUUUUCUUUUCUUUAGUAGAGAGAGUAAAGACUUCCGAACCACAAAAAAAAAAAAAAAAUGUCAC